AAGUAAAGUAAGUUGGACAGGUGGUCUUUAAAGCAGGUUCUACUGUGAUAGGCAUCUGUAAGUUUUCCGCUCCUCCCCUAAAAGGUGGUGGCGCCCCUGGCCCAAAAACUACAUGUAUAUCUAUAAAACGUUGUUGAGUUAUGCCCCACAUUUAGUUUUAUGUGAUCUGCAGCAGUCAGACAGAAUGAUGACAUUGUUAACCCUGUUGUUUUCCUCGGGAAUUUUGGCCCAGCUUGUGUCUGCAGGAUUUGACGGUCCUACCUUCACAUGCGAGGAUGGAGAAAUCCUUAAGUCUGUUGAGAGCCUUAAUGAGGGCGAUGCGAACUGGAAAUUUCAUUGCGCAAAACUGGCAGAUAAAUUCCCAGGGGAAGCACUUAGCAACUGUGAAUGGAGCGAAUGGAACUCCGGCUGGCGUGAUGUGAUGGACUUCCAGUGUCUAGGUCACCGAAUCAUCACUGGCGUGUCCAGGAGAAUCAACUUCCAGCAAUAUGAGACCGAGUUCAGAUUUAGAUGCUGCAAACCAGGUUCCCUUGAUCCUGUGUCAUGCGCUUACUCUGAUAAUUGGAAUGGGACGACGGUUCACACAAUUCCUGAUGGUUCUGGCUUCAGAGGUGUCAAAAGUACCUACGAUGCCAAGACUCAUGACCGACAAUUCAAGUUCGACAUCUGUAAACUGAGCAAGACUUCAGGACCCGCCGUCGGUUGAGCUUAUACUAUGUGUCACUGAGUUCACUACGAUGCCUCAAAUGUUGCCACGUACCAGGAAGAUUAUGGCAUCAUUCCACUCCGCGAAACUCGGGCUGAUGAGAAGAUGUUAUUUAUUGUAUGAGCUACAAAUAUCUGAAUGUCUGAAUGUAUAAAUAAACGUCGUUGAACAUGCAGA